AUUGUCAAAUGUAUCGAACGCUUUCCUUCGGUCCGGUCGUUCGCAAUCCGAUUCCUCUCUAAUCACUAGUAUAAAGUACAAUAAAAUUUAUUUUGUGUUAUUGUGUUUGCUUCGGCGUCGUCUCCGUGUUCGUCUAUGCACAAUAAAAAUGAAUUCAGUGUUGUGUUUAGUGAUCAAAUAAUAAUGCGAGUCGCUGCCGACAUUGGUUCUGUGCUGUGAAUACUUGUGCCCGGUGCUGAUCUAAAAUGACCGAGAAAAAUAAAUCGGAGAAGAUGACUAAUGCAUCGAAACCUGUUCCCAUGAAACUUUUUGCCGCCUGGGAAGUGGACAGGACGCCCUCGAACUGUAUACCCAGGCUAUGCACGUUGAGGGUGACGCGACUGCGCGUAUGUGGGGCGUUAGGCGAGGCGGGUGGCGGGGCGGCGGGCGGAGCGGGCGCGGGAGCGGUUAUAUUGGCCGCGCGGAUGCAUAGCAGCAAGCGAACACUGCGCUCCAACGACAUCGCCGUGCCGCCGCUCGAUGUGGAGCUCGACCUUUGCUUCUCCCUACAGUACCCGCAUUUUGUCAAGCGAGAUGGCAACAGACUGCAAAUAAUGCUGCAGAGGCGUAAGAAAUACAAGAACCGCACCAUCCUAGGAUACAAGACGCUCGCCGAAGGUGUUAUCCGUAUGGAUCAGGUACUCCAAAAAUCCAUGGACAUGGAGUUGGAGCUGACAGGAGUGGGCGCAAAAGUGGGCGCGACGGCCGGACAGCCGGUCGCCCGGCUCGCCAUCACUGGUCUAGCGUCCACCCCCGUCGACCAUGACACAAAAAAUAACAACACAUUGCUUAUUACUGAACGAGGCUACUCAGAUGAAGAAGAGGAAGGCGAGUUCAGUUCAGUUGAAGAAGCUGAUGAAAUGACAUACGGUGCGCAAGCGCGGCGACGGGCACACCGGCAACUUGCGUUCAACAAAGAGGACCUCUCUUAUACCAAGCUGUCCCGCUCUCGCGACUUGAGCUUCAUGGAACGCGAAAGAAAGAGACAGAGCUAUAUGCACUCGAAGGCGAACGACAGGGACAGCGACAGCGAGCUGGAAAACGCGGCCGCUAAGCGCAAGGGCAGCCGCGGAAAGCUCGCGCAACGCAACCUGAAGCAGAAGUUCGCGGCUCUGCUGAGGCGGUUCCGUGUGCCCGAGGAGUUGUCGGAGCGUGGAGCGGCGCGCGACACCCACCACGCGCAGAGGGACAUCGAUGAGCUGUUUCAGGAGCUGGAUUCACUCUCAUGCGGCGAAGGCGAGGACUCUGGUCCGGAUCAGAUGGACACAAUCAGCAUAGGGUCCACGCCGAAACCAUCGCUGAGGCCGUUCUUCAGCAGCUCCAGGAGUCUGGCCAACCAGGAACAUCACAGGCAUUCCAAUGUGGCCCGGCACUCAAGUCUCGCGUCCGCCGGCGAGCUGGCCUCUGUCCGCGAGCGACACGGCGCCACCGUCCCGCCCACAGAGUCGGAGGCGAUCCGCAGCUCGGCGGGCGACGAGCGCGGCAGCGAAGGGAACAGCGACGGGGACGCGACGGCUGACGCGCCCGUCUCUGGAGCUUCGGUGUCCAGUUCGCCGCCGAACGAGACCAAGGUCUCUAUGGAGGACAAGCGGUCGCGGCUAUUCCGCAGCGCAACUAGCGGCGGCAACCUAACGCCGGCGGGCGCUGCUCGCAAGAAGAAUUCACUCGUAAUAGGCGGUGAGCGACCGCUGUCCGCGCACGAGCUGCCCGCGCAGAGCCCCACCACCAUAGAGCUGCGGCGCACGACGAUGGAGCAGGUGUCGCAGCUGGUGGGCGAGGAGGGCCCGGUGCCGGAGUGCGUGGGCGUGGCGCGCGCCGGGCCGCUGGCGGCGGCGCUGGCCGCGCUCGGCGUGCCCGUGCUGCCCGUGCCCGCGCCGCACACGCCCGACGUGCGCCCGCUGCUGCAGCUGCUGCUGCAGCGGCUCAACAAGCUGGGUUCCCGCCGUCCGAUCCGCGUGGUGGUGGCGGGCGGCGCGUGCGUAGCGGCGGCGGCGCUGCGAGCGCACGUGGAGCUGGCCGCCCGUCGCCCGCACGACGCCACGCUGCUGCGCUACUAUGUCCUGCCGCUUGGUUCGAACGCGGUGUCGCGUUACCUGUGCACACUGGACGGCGGCUACGCGGCUCUGUUCGGCGGCGACGCGUGGCCCAUGCUCGCCGACCGCGCCGCCGACGCGCCGCUGCACGACCUCGCCGAGAUCUCGUCCAGGAUUGCCAGGUACCUAAACAGUAUCGGCUCCGUGAACAACGUGCCCAUCGGCGAGGCGAUGGUCGCUUACAGAGACAAGUCGGGUGAUGAGGACUCGAGCCAGACGUUUGUGCCAUUCAUAGCCGAGGUGCGCGUGGGCUGCAGCGAGGGCGGCGUGUCGUCGCUGGAGCUGGAGGAGGGCGGCUCGCCGCCCGCGCGCCCGUCGCCGCCCGCCACGCCCGCGCCCGCGCCCGCCUCCGCGCCCGCCCAUGACUUGCAGCAGCCGCCCGCGCUCGCGCGCACUGAGCCGCUCGAGCUGCAGCUCGACUACUGGCUGGUGCCGGGUCGCGUGGCGGAGGGUGCGGAGGGCGGGAAGGUGACGGUGAAAGCAUCAUUCCGCGCGCUUUACGUCACGAGGCAGAACACUCACCUCUGCAUUACGUACCUCACCAAGGAGAAGAAGCAGAAGAUAAUGCGGCUGGGCAAGAAAAAGGAAAAAACCGGCGAAACAGAAGUUGGUCGCGCGCAGAGCGUGGACGGCGUCGCGCGGCUCAUCUGCUCCGCUAAAGGCUCACACAACGUGCCGCUAAAAGUGUACAUCGACGGCACUGAAUGGACCGGCGUCAAAUUCUUCCAAGUGUCCACGCAAUGGCAGACACACGUGAAAACAUUUCCAGUGGCAACGACCGGCGUGCCGCUAGCACCGCCGGAGACCUAAACAUCUCACCGACGCGCUUUUGGUAUCAUGCUUACGGCCAGGCUUAUGGCCGCGCCGCCCGCCAAGCGGUCUCGGCGGCUCGCACCAACGGCCCGUUGUCAUUCGCCCGUCGAAUUUCCGUAGCUUUGCUACACGAAACGAGGCUCUAAAUGUACUCUGUUAUUGUCUAAACUCCUUCGGCGUAUCAAGACAACUCUUAUUCAAUGUGUUUAUUUGCGGAUUGUAAAUUUUAAUAUUUAUUACGCUAUUGAGCUGCCAUGAUUUUGUUAGCGCAUAGACAGUAUAGCGCUUUUGUUAUGUAUUUUGAAUAUAUAUACAUAUAUAUUUAGGUAUGUUCGUUGCCGAAUAUUCGGCUGUAGGUGUUUUAUAAUAAUGGCAGAUUUACAUCGAGUCAGUUACUGGAGUCAGUGCUGGCGCUAACAACUGACGCACUGUUUACAUACAGUCAAGUAAAAGUAGUGGUUAUUAUCUCAUGGUGUAAACAUGAUUAAAGUCAGUAACGAAAAAUGUUUUCGGUAAGGUUGUGGUCAAAGUCAGUUCGGCGCGUGCAGUAAGAGUUUGGACUGACUUCAGGGUAUUUAGUAUGCUGUCGCGUCAGUACUGACGAUGGGAUGGGGUCGAUUCUGAGGUGUUAUUUCUCUAAAUUUAUGUCUAAAAUUAAUAUUUCAAUUUGAUAUUACAACGAAAUAUUUAUGCUUAAGACUAAUAUGAACUAAAUUUCUAAUAGAUUUAAAUCAAAAAAAUUAUAAAUUUAAUUUAUAAUGUUCCAUAAAACAGUAAUUUCACGUAACUAUCAAAUUAAUAUUAAGAAAUAAAUUUACAGAUGUAGUGUCUCAGAAUUGAGCCCAAUAUUAAAAAUUAAGUUAGCGCCGACUUAAAAUCAAUUUACACGAUGAUAGUACGUGGUCAGGACUGAUUCAAGAUUUAGUAACUGUCCUAAUGUAAACCUGCCUAACAAUUGCAUGCUAUAUACGUCGUGGAACUAAUAUUCAAGUUACAUAAUAAAGGCUCAAUAAUCACGUUAACUAUCCAUCAUAGUCAUUCAUUGUAGUUAGUUGAUAUUUAAUGUUAUAUUUAUAUAUAUAUAUACAUAUAUAUAACGUAGGUAUUCGUGUACUCAACAUAUUAUAUCGAAAAAUAAUGGUUCGUGACAUUUCCAACGUGUAUGUAAGUUAGGUUAUGUGUGAGGAGUAGGCGAAACCGAAUUUUGGAGCGUAAUGUAUGCACAUAUCAGUCUAGUAUCGUGCCGAGCGGAGAGCGCGACUUUUUUUUAUUUAAAUAUCUGUGAUUCGUGAAUGCAGUUUUUUUUUAAUACGAUGACAAUGGAUUGUCGCAGUCAUUUUUUGUAUUUUUUUAUAAGCAAGUUAAAAGAGCAUUAGCCGUUUGUGUAUAUUAAUUUUCAACGGUUACAAGUUAUAUGUAAGCACAUGUAGUUUGUCGCACUAAACGUUUGUUUAACUGGUAAAUAUUUGUUUAGUAUGUUAAUUAACGUAACCCAUUACUUGUAAUUAACUACAUAGUGUCAGUAUUCAUUAAUAGGGUUUAAUUUUUUUUAAUAUAUUUCCAAAAACUAAAUAAAAAAAUUAUAAUUUUUAAAAAGGUUGUAAGAGAUUGCCCUAACAAAAAUGUUUUUUACCUCUCUAUGUAUAUUUUAAUCUGUAAUUUAUGCUACUGUAUUUCAGUUGAAUUGUUUAUGUUAUUGUUUUUGGUGCAAUAAAGAGUUAAAUAAAUAAAUAAUUCUAAAAAAAAAAAUGUACUACAGUCAGUACAAUGUAUGUACGUAUACAUACUUAUUAUUAUGUAGUAUUGUUGAUACAAAUAUAGAUUGUUCUUUUUUCAAAGUAUUUUUUUUUUUAGUAUAAAAAUGUUUACAAGAAAAAAAAAGACCUUAUUAAUGAAUACUAACACCAGUUUCAAGGAAUAAAUUACGUUAAUUAACAUACUGUGUAUGCAGUUAUCAGUGGUCUUACUGCGACAAAGUACUAAAGUGUCUACGUAUUAUAACGUGCAGCUGUGAAACGAAUAGAUCCUACAGACUUCAUAUUUAGUGUUCGUAAUCCCUUAUCUUCCCAUUGUACUGAUUUUUAUUUGCCAGUUACCUUGUCAGUUCAACGCGCAAAGCCAAGUAUCCUUAUUACUUUGUCUUCGUAAAUAAUUCCGAGCCAAUUUUAGUGAUUUUAUUUCGGCUAGCAACAGACCUGGGCGGGUGUCGACGAGAUGUAAUUCAAAAUACGUUUACACUAUGAUAAGCCUUGUUUACACUCGAGUUAAUUUUUGUAACAAUAUGUAUGGAAAUAUGCAUGGAAUGUGAAAUAAUGAAAUCUAUUCUUUGCCGCCAUUGUUCUAAUCCUAUCUUUUUACCUAAUUUUAAUUUGAUAGUUUCACGUAAUUAUUGUAGCGAACUCCUUGCUACAUUUUUAUAUUCUUAUUGUCAUUCGAAAUAUUUUUUUUGACAUAUUGUAUUUUUUGACAUAUUGUUUUUACAUUCAAAUAUAUUUUGCUAAUGUCUGUCUCCUCAUCUUUUCUGUAGUUUUCCAUUCUAAAAUCCUCUCAUUGCAUAUUAAAAGUAUUAUCUCCGUUUCAAUUAUUGUUUUACGUACUGUCUCUAUAAACUAAAUUUAUAUACGUUCUAUAAGCGUCUCAGAGAAUUAUACAGAUAUGAGAAGUAUUUUUUUUUUAAUAUUUAAAUAAUUAUUCAAUCGAAACAGGACGGCGGCAGCAACAAAUACGUCCUGCAUUAUCCGAGGCUGAAUGCGUAAUGAGUAUAUGCGCACCACAUAAAUAAAAUAAUAAAUACUUUUAAAAAUAAAUGUAAAAAAGUUACAGUAUGGACUAUUCAUUUUAUAUUCUAAGUGUAAAAAUAUAAAGAUCAUUUUGCUUUGCUCGUGUAAAUGUAUUUAGAAUUUGCCUCGUUUGCCACCUGUCAAGGCGUUGGUUUUGUUUAAGUGGUGUUUAACAUUGGGACGCGCGCGUCUUACUGGCCAACGACUGUCUCUUUAUAUCAUAGGUUUAACUUCAAUAUUCUCAAUUUUUACAUGUCUAUCUGUAAUGUAGGUAGUUGUGUGUUAUCUUCAUAUUACUAUUGCACGAUUGUGGACGUAUGAGUGUGUAUGGAACACGGGUCUCGAAAUGCAAAUUAUCGGUAAAGACUUAAUUUGGACUGAACAAAUAAAAUUUCACCUAAUUUCCUGUACAGUAAGGUUCAGUUUUGAAUGUCAACAAUGUUGAUUUUUAAUAUUGAGCCCUAAUGACAAUGAACUAUACGUUCAAUUUUAUUUGUUAGUCCAAGAGGAUGGUCGUUUGGUGAAUGGUGUGUCGCACAAACGAUUCUGUAACGGUUGUGGAAACGAAGUUUUUUUAAAUUGUCUCGCAUCAGGGUUGUGGAGUAUAUCCCAAAUGUUGUUUUUUAUGUGUGAAUAUGGACUGGUGACCCCGUCUGCGCUGGCGGGCUAUACGUAAGUGAUGAUAGAUGAGAAUGAAAUCGGGGUAGUUGAUCCAACGUGAUUAAUUCAGAAGGUAUCAACCAAAAUGGUUUUCUAGGAGGGUUUGAUAGGUAGAGGUCUCCUAUACAGAGAGAGGGGGCCCUUCUAAAUUUCUUCGUGUGUGUGUCGUACAGGUGACCCUGUCGCUGUGAGAUCAUGUUAUCAGUGUUGUCUGCCAGGUAUCUGUACAUAUUAUCGGGCUAAAAUGUCGUAAGCACUUUGAAUCUUUCGAGAUCCGUGUCAGGCAGUCUUUCCAAAUAUUUAAUGUUCUAUUUAACCAUAGGUACUUCUGUGCCAAACCUAGCUUAGAAGUAGUGGAUUUUUAUCAUAAAUGUACAGUAAAAGGAAUUAGAAUAAUAAUGUUUUAAAAAUUGUUUUUUUUUUAAAUGCUUAAAUGCAUGUUUUAUAAUGAAUUAAUUUGAACAAUUAUGAAUUUCGAACGCUGCCCUUCAUUAAUAAUAAUAUAAACAAUGGACCCUAUAUCUUGAAACACAAGGUCGUCUUUUAACAAUCUGGGAAUAUACAUAAAAUAGUGAAGAAAAUAGUAACAGAGAUUUGCACAAUUUUACACAGAAUGUUGCCAUUUUAUUCUAUUUGAUACGAGUCUAUUAUCACUAGCGAUAACGAUUCUAUCAAUAGAUUCGAUUGCCACUUCUCUAGGAGGGCAGGGUUGUCGAUCCGAGGACAAAAAGAAUCGUCCUCUUCUAACCACUACAUGUUAAUAAGAUGUCUCUUAUUAUCAAAAUGAAUUUGUACAUUUUUGUGAUUAGAACAAAAAAUCGAUAAAUAUAUUUGGAUAUUUGGAAGGGAUUGCGUGCGAAUGUAGUCUCUCUGUGUAUGUGUGUGUGCGUGUGUGUAUGACUGCAACAGGUAAUUGGACAAUAGUUGCGUAUGUGCGUGUUCGCUUUACGAGUUACUUGUAGAGUAAGUGUGACGUUAGUACGUUAGGCCGCUCGACAAUCUUCGAUAUUACUCGAUUACCUUUGAUUAAACCAAACGUCCGAUAGCCUCCGAUUUUGUCAUGUUAAUAAUUUAUUAUUAAUUGCUAUCAUCGAUCAACCCUACAACAUUAACUAAAUAAAACUUCAACAUAUAAACAAUAGUCUGAUUUUUUUAUACAAUCGAAUUGGAAUCAAAUCGAAAUGUCGUCAAGUACAUUAGAAAUUGCUAAACUCAAAUGUGACUUAGCUAUAUUGGGAUAAGAUUUAAAUUGAAUGCUAAUAGAACGUCCACUAAGGUUCAUUAUACCAUAUCGUUUAAUUCCCAUUCGAUUGCUUCUAAAUUCAAACUGUUGAACUCAAAUGUGACGUCGCUAAAUAACGCCUCAUUCGUUUUUUGACCAGAUUGUAUUGUUGAUCGAAUUUUUUUUAAGUUUUUCUCAUCGACUGUAAUAUUUGCAUGUUUUUGUAUGAAUUGUAAUGAUAAUUAGGUAUGUGCCAAGUCUAAAUUGUUUUUGGUUACCAAGAGAAUUAUUAAGAAAAAAAAAUUGUAAAAAAAAAAAUAAUUCCAAAAUUGAAAUGUAAUUAAAUUAUACUAGAUUCUUUAUGAAACAUUUAAAAUUUUCGGGCGCUGGAAUCGAGGUUGUUGUUUUCUUUUAAUACAUAUAUGUUAAUAUCAACUCGAAAAAACUCUAGGAACGCUACACAAUCAAAUUAUAAGUAAAAAAAAAAUGCUUGCGAGACUAAAUAACGCUAUCCUUAUUAUAAUCACAUUCCAUUUUAUAGCAAUAACUGUGUAAUUACUGUUUAAACAAUCUAUUUGUACUGUACAUAGGUAUAAUCAAAUCGUAGUAAAGUCAAGUCUGUACGUGAAAUAUUUUUGAAAUAGUAAUCGCGUAUUUAAAUAGUUUUAACUAACUUGUCUAGAAAUUGUAUAAUCUCUGCUGGAUAUCGAUGCGGUCCGCAAGCAUUUUUUUUUUAAUGGGCAAUAAUAAAAUGGUAAACCUAUCUUUUCUAUCGGUAUAUAUAUUGGCUGAGCACCAGUGAGGAAUGAUAGGUGAGGAUGAAAGCAGUUUAGUUGGCUCAUCUUAACGAAUUUUAUAAAAAAUAACCACAACCUGAUAUUUAGCAUUCCCCCUCAUUAGCGAUGUACCCUAUAUUGCUAAUGAUGGGGCUCUUAGACCCCAUUACAACGAUCUAUCCCCCCCAACCGCUUCCCAAUUUUUUUUUGAUGGUUGAAAAUGGUAUGGCAACCCCGCCUGCGCUAACGGGAUACGCUGGCGGAGCACCAGUAUAGGGUAAAAGAUAAGAAUGAAAACAGGCCAGUUAGCCCAUCAUAAUGAAUUCAUUAGGAAUUAACCAUGAUAGUUUCCAGGGAGAACCGCGAGAAGGUUGACCUGGUUGGGUAUAUUGCUAGCAAUGGGAUUCUCAGUCUCCAUUACUAACAACCCAAUUAUAGGCAUGUUAUGGUAUUAUACUUUACAAGGUGUAAUCAGGGUUUGAAGUUAAUAUUAUAGGAAUGGUUAGUAUGGAUGGGGAAGGAUUACAUCAAACGAAUUUGUUAAGCCAAAAUUGUUAUUUGUCUGUGUAGUGUUACUAGAGAUUUUUAAAGUUUAAUUAAAAAUAAUUGAAUUCAAUAUUUAAAUGAACUUAUAUAUACUUGACAAUUUAAUAAAAUAGCUAUCAACUGAUAUAUAUUAUUAUAUUAAUUUUACGUCUGAAUAUAUAUGAUAUUGAAAUAACCGUUACUGUUGUAAGUGAAAAUUGCAUGAAAAAGUAAAAUAAAGAAGUAAAAUUUAUAUAUAUGUAUAUUGGGUCAAACCUAUUUGUAUCGAUAUAUGCAGUUUGUUCGAUUAUAUAAAAAUAUCGAUUAUAAAUCAUUAUAUUUGUUUUUUUUUUUCUUUUUGUUUAAUCUGAAUUUAUAUUGUGAGUUUCAAUGUAGACUGUGUAAAAUACAAUACUAAUAUAAAUAUAUACCAAUAUGUGUCCAUCAAUACUGUAUAACGCUCAUCAAAUACGUUUAAACAGGUAAUUCGAUUAUAAAAAAGUGUUUUUCUUCAAAAUUAAUCACAAAUUAUAUUAUAGACAUGUAACAAAAAUUUUCAAAGAUAAAACUGAUAAAUAACCGGAGGCACACCCUUGUUGUCUCGAGCCUGAGUUGUAAAAUGAUUCUGUUUUCUACGUAAACGUAAAUAAAGGUGAUUUUGCAUUGCGUUGAAUAACAGAAUUCAAUGUGGGACAGACAUACCACAUUAGUAGAAACAUUAGGGUUCCGUUUACUGAAUUAUAUCUUAAGUUUUAAAUCAACUCAGCUCUUGGUUCAAAGGUGUGUCUCUAGUUAUCUGUUAGAGAAACACAUAUAUAGUUGAUGGGCGUCCUAUUUUAUAAAACACAGAGCUGCGCCGUCUUUUUCCAAAAUAUACAUAAAAUUAUGAAAAGAGGAAUUUGCCUAAUUGUAUUGUCCUAAUGUUACCAUAUAGGAAAAGUUCAUACCCAUCCCUAAUUAUCGAUUCUUGUAGUCCUUGUUACCGGUUAUCAAAAAUAUAAAAAAAAAAAAAAAAAAAAAAAAACAUACAAAAAGUACAAAAAACUUUAAGGCACAAGAUACAAAAUAGCUAAUAUGGCAUAAUUAUAAAAUCCAGUGCCAUUUUAUUUCAAAUCUUAUUCUGUACCACAUGUAUUUGUGUUAUUCUAAUUUGUACUCUAAUUCUGAACAUCAAAGUAGAUUUUCCUAAUGACGGCGCAAUCCCAAUUUAAUUAACAUUGUACCUUUAAUAUCCUACUAUGAUACUUAUGCUUAUUUUAAAAUAUAAAGAUCUAGUCUUAUCUAUUGUAUGCAAACCAGAACUCCUUUUGGUAUUAAAUGCCUAUAGAAAGCAGAAAAAUUAAUAUCCACUCUUAAUAGCAUCUUUGCAGUUAAUGUAUUUUACAAAACAAGUAAACAUGUUGUCUAGCCAAAUAUUGGACUAAGGAGCGGAUGGUCAAAAGCAGCUGGCACAAGGGCGCUAAGAAUGAAACGUGGACAAGAUGCAUUUAGUAUUUCUAACAGGGCAAGAUACAUUUCCUUAACCUUUUGCGCAAUAAUUACUAUUGUAUAAAUAAAAUAUCUUUUUAAUUUAUACAAUAAUAAUAAUAAUAUACUAAUAAACACCUGUGUGUACUGUCCCUGUUUUCAGAACUUGCUGUACCAUACUACAAUGCACACAAUAUAAGCCGUCAUUGGGGCUUGCACACACGCAGUGAUUUGCUAAACAUUAUCUUACCAAUCUUAUCUCAAUUAUAUAAGUUUUUAGAUCGGCGUAAUGUUUUUAUCCAUAUAAAUCAACGUUUUAGCUUUUAGUUUUACAACUGGCCGUCUGCCUGACGUCAACUCUCCUUGGAAACAGUGAUUGGCGGAACAUGCCGUUUAAUUGAUUUGUUACGUUUUUACUGAAAAGCCUACCUAACAAUGUCAGCCAGUGUAUAUGCCUCUAUAACUUGCAAUUAAUACAAAAAGAAGCAAUCCGUUAUUUAUUGUCUAGAGGCCUAGCCAAAUGAUAUGCAUAUUAAACAUUAUAAUGUCAUAUUGUAAGAGUAUUAUGACUGUAAUAAUAUUACAAAUUUUAAUUUGUUUUUGUAUAAUGCGUGAAAAAACAUUUGCAGAUAAAAAUAUUCAAGUAUUGUCACAAUUGAUUAUAAUUGUUUUAAUACACUUCUGCUCUCAACCUCUCUUACAAGGGGUAUAGCGUGAAGGUUGGUGGCAUGAUAUAUCCCUUAUAUCCUUUAUUCCUUUCCAUAUUUAACGGCUUAAUAUAUGUAAUCGACGAAAUUGUACAAAACUUGAAUAUUUUCGUCAGAAUGUUUUCCGCAUUGUAUGAUUUGAUCUCAUAGAUACGGAUUUUGCAAUUGAUUAUAUCCUAUACCAAUUGUCCAUUUUCCGUAUGUAUUGUUUACUAAUGCUAAUAAAU